AAAGCGAUGGCAAACCCGAGCAGCUUGGCGCUUUACAUUUAGAGAAGUUAGGCUGGAAGCGGCAGUGCUGUUCGUACACGGGGUUGGGACUGCAGCGAGACUUACUUUGGAAAUAUUUUGUGGCACGUCCAAAAAAAGCAUACAAACUGGAGCUAGCUUGCCUAGCUUAAUUGUACUAUGUCCAAUUUGAACUGGAAACCUUUUGUUUAUGGUGGGUUAGCUUCUGUUACUGCAGAAUGUGGUACAUUUCCCAUUGAUCUCACUAAAACUCGACUUCAGGUACAGGGUCAAGUAAGUGACGUGAAAUAUGCAGAGAUUCGGUACAAGGGGAUGUUCCAUGCUCUUUUCAGGAUAUGGAAAGAAGAAGGGUUAAAAGCACUGUACUCUGGCAUUGCCCCUGCUAUUUUGAGACAGGCUUCUUAUGGAACUAUUAAGAUAGGUACCUACCAGAGCUUCAAACGUCUGUUUGUUGACAAACCAGAAGAUGAAACUUUAUUUAUCAAUGUGUUCUGUGGAAUUUUGUCUGGUGUAAUUUCCUCUUCCAUUGCCAAUCCUACAGAUGUCUUAAAGAUAAGAAUGCAAGCUCAAGGAAACUUUGUUCAAGGAGGUAUGAUCGGCAAUUUUAUUCAUAUAUACCGGCAGGAAGGAACCCGCGGUCUGUGGAGAGGUGUUUCACUAACAGCUCAAAGAGCAGCUAUCGUAGUAGGAGUGGAACUACCAGUGUAUGACAUUACCAAGAAACAUCUCAUACUGUCAGGCUACAUGGGUGACACAGUCGCCAACCAUUUCCUAUCAAGCUUUGUGUGUGGUUUGGCAGGAGCUCUAACAUCUAAUCCUAUUGAUGUUGUAAGGACUCGAAUGAUGAACCAGAAAGCCAUUAAUGAUGGGAUGACCUUUGUCUACAAAGGCACUAUGGAUUGUUUUCUACAGACAUGGAAGAUGGAAGGAUUUUUUGCACUAUACAAAGGAUUUUUUCCAAACUGGCUACGCCUAGGUCCUUGGAAUAUUAUUUUCUUCCUGACAUAUGAACAGUUGAAAAGGAUUGAUCUGUAAACAGCAUGCAACAAUCUCUGAAUGAAGCAAUGAAGACCUCUGGAUAUUUUAUUUUUUAUAUAUUUUAUUUUAUACUUCUUGCAUUAUUGUUAAUAUUUCUUAAUGUGUUAAUUUGUUUGUCUGUGUAGUAUUUAGCCAUAUCAAAUGACCUGCAUUGUGAAUUGCAAAGGUCGAUUAAUGCAUCUAUUUGAACAACAGGAGCUGUGGCAAAAAUUUUAGAAAAUUAACAGAUUCUUUUUAAGAGAUGUUAUAAUUUCUUAUGGAGGAAUACAUAUUUAGAAAUAUGUGAUGUUAUGGCUGAAAUUUAUAUUUUUACAAUAUGUACAAGCAUUUUUUAAUUUUACAAGGCUUGUAGUUUUGUGUUUUAUUUUUUAAUUAUAAAACCAAGACAAUAUCAGAUAAAACAAGAUUUGUAUAUAAAGCAAAAAAGAACGUUUGCUUGAUUUAAUUUUUUUAUUUAAAUAGUACUGAUGUUUGAUAUUGACACCAAAAAUGUGUGUGUGUGUGUAUAAAAUAUCUAUUUUUGUAUAUGUAUUGAUUAUUAUCUGUUUAAUAUGUAUACAUAGUUGUAAAUGCACAGACCUGCUUAUGAAUGUAUCAUGCUGUCCUUGGAUGUCCAUGGUCACUACAGUCAACAUAUGUGGUUUAUUCACUGUGAUUAUUGCCUAUUCCGAAAGGUACAGUAGACGUCACUUUUUGAUCUGUACGUAUAUUUGUAAAAAUAAGACAGUAUUCACACGCCUAAUAUGAUGUACAUGUGUAUGCUAUAUGAAUCAAUGUUUUGUUUCUUGUCCUUUUAUCAUUUUUAUGACAUUUCAUUGUGUUUCUCUUUAAGGAUGUGCACAUGCCUGAAUGUCUUGAAGUGGUGCCAAAGUCUUGACCCAUUGUGUGGCUACUGAUUUUGGUAGCUAGAGACUAGCUCUAUUAAACAGUAUUCCAAUAAAUGUAAAGAGUUAUCGUUAAUUGUUAAUUUACUUUUACUUUUAUGAUAUAAGUAAAUUUGCAAGAUAUUACAAAAUAUCUAGCGUGACUGUCCCAGUCAUUUUCAUUAAACAAGUGAACAUGGUUGCAUUAAAUUAUUGAUGUUACAGGACAGAGUGGAGACCGGCAAAGGUAUUACUGUAUAAUUCUUGGGGGAACUGUCGAUUUGUUUAUGGGAUGAAAUCAUACAUGCUCCAGAUAUUGCUGGUUUUGUAUUUUGUUUCUAUGUACAGUAACUGCAUAUUAUUUAGACAUAUGCCUAUAAAAAUAGAAUAUACAUUGA